UCAGUGAAGGGCGUAUUCAUACAGUAUGUUGAGCCAAUCAUAUGCUCGGCCACAGCUCAUACUCGAUUGCCAUUGGCUCGUAGUUUUGUCACUCUUUGAAGGCAGAAAGAAGGCCACGCUUCAUUUGUCCAUGCUCCUCAAGAGGGGAGGGAAAUUUCAGUGAAUGAGAAAUAUGAGUCAAUGGAUGGCGUGAACAAGAACGAUUCGUUCACCUAAAAGAUUCGUUCAAAAAGAACGAUUCGUUCACGAACGUAACAUCACUACUCACCAUAUACAGUGACAUUUACCGGUAAUUUAAACCACCUUUUCAAUGUACCCAAAACACUAAAAUAACUUUGUCAAAAUAAGAACCAGCUUCUGGAAAUCAUACCAAUUCUUGAUUUGCUGAAACACUGUUUAUGCAGAUCCUUUAAAACCUUAAAAUCAAAUUGUCCAAUUUUCAGGCCUUAAAAUGUCUCUUUGAAUGUCAGGAAUGCAAUUUUUAUCUAUACCAAUAAUUAAUUGCAUUAUGAGGUUAGCGUUAUUCUUUUAAAGUAGUUUUAAAUGUUUACUAUAAUUAAUUUAUAAAAAAAAAUACCUGACAACAUAAGACGUACUAUAUAUUUUUCAGCUAAAUGUGACACUAACUGACUCCAUACUGCUGUCAAAGAAUUGGCAAUAUCAUCUUUCCUUGCAGAAGUGCAGUGAUGGAGUAGGCUAUGGGAUGUGGGACCAGGUAAGAGUGGACCAUGGGAAGGAGUUCUACCUUACACUUUACAUGCAGCAGAAAUUGGCUAGCCACAACACAGAGAGGCCACCAUAUAUGCAAACACCAUCAACAAAGAAUCACACUAUUGAAAGAAUAUGGCCUGAAAUCAACAAUAGAGUGAACUACCCUUUGAAAGUGGCAUUGGUCCAACUGGUGGAUCAGGAGGCAUUGGAUAUGGAGGACAGCAUGUCCAAAUUCUGUGUGUCAUCCUUGAAAUGCCAGUUGACACAGCUUGACCGGGUUGUGCAAGCGUGGAAUGCCCACAGGAUUCCAGGAAAGGGAAUCCCCAGUUAUUUGGCCAGAGAGGGAUGCCCAAAACGUGUGUCCACAGACCUUUUGCCAGAGUCAUCAGUGGCUGCAGACUGGUAUGAGCAAGAGGUGGGAUCAUUGACAAGAGUGUCACACUUUGGCACCAACCCCUUUCAGAGUGCACAGGACCAGGAAGCUGCAGAGAGGGAAUUUGCUUUGCAAUGGCCAGAUGUAAAUGUAAUGUUGAACAAUGCUGUCAACAAUCAGCCAGAACAUUUUAAGUCUGGACUUCAGGGCCUAAUUGAUUUGACCAGAAGACAUUGCCAGCGUUGACAGUGCUUAGUGACAUGCUUUAGCCUCAGUGUUCCCAGGACAUCAUCCAUUAGUGGCUUUCAAAAACCAGCACUGCUAGUGUUUAUGAUUUCUGUUUUUUAUAAUUGUUUUUGUUCUUAGAAAUAUUUUUUAGUUAAAGGAAAUUCUAAUAAAUGAAAAUUUAAAACGUUUACAUCCUCCAUUUGUAGACAAGCCCACUAAACUCCAUUUGUGAGGGUUGUAAUUAGUGAGUAAUAGUCGUGUUGUUUGGAAGGCCUUUUGCUGCUUUUGUAAUAAUACCUUAGUUAUUAUGUUCAGUUGUACAUGCUGUAAAUGUGAUGUGUUUUGUAUUUUAUGUAAAAAAAAAAAAAGUAAAAUAAUGGAAAAAAAUCACUGUGAUAAUGUAUAAUAUUAACAUAUACAUAUAAAGAUUGUUGCAGCUUAUUAAAACAACAAGAAAUCUGUACAAAACAUGUAGACCCUGCUACAACGCACUUUACAUGUUUGGAGGUUUAUGAUGUUUAGUAAAAUGAAAAUCCUCAGUAAGCGUUUUGAAAAGUAAACGCUUUAUUUUAAAAGGUCAUUUCCUGGCGGCUGGCGCUCUAAAACCUGCGUGAAGAAUUCAGAUUAGGCUACUGUUUGUUUGCGCCUAGGACGUGCCGCCUGUACGAUCCGUUCUGCGCAUGCGCAUAACUGCGUAAAUGACACAAUUUUACUGUACUACGCAUGCAUGAAACACACUGACCAAGCAUCACAACUGGCAGCAUAGUUUUGUAGGCUACACUUUUGUGUAGUUCACAAAGACUCCAGGUCACCAAUUGGAGAAAAGAAUACUAGACCCGCAAAUCUGUGAUCACGGUUUUGUAUCAUCCCCUUGGAUUAUAAACUGUACUCAUAGGUUAUUAAACUGUUUCCUCAGUUUUACAAAUCAUGCACACGGACUUAUAAACCGCACGAACGAGUUAAAAAUCCGCCCUUUCAUAUUUGUAAACCGCACCCUGAGUUUCAUAAACCGUGCGCACGGUUUAUCAAACUGUACUCACGGAUUUGAAGCCCCUCCCUCAUAUAAGAAAUCACUUGUUGCUCCCUUUACGAAGAUUAACAAUGGUUUUACUACAGUAAAAACCAAAAACCAUGGUUUUUACAUCUAUUUUAUUCAUUUUUUUAAAUAUAUAUACUCCGGUUGUCGCGCAUGCGUAGAACUGAUCAGGUAGGGUCGUAAAACACGUUGAGCUUCUGCGCAUGCGCAGAAUUGUGCGCACGUGCAGGCGGCAGAGACCACUGCUGAUUGACCAUCGCUGAUUUCCCACCUGCAACAUCUCCGUGAAUGCAAGAUGAAUUACC